UCUUUCUGUGGAAAUGCCUGAUCCGCCAUACUCAGCGUCAUCAUCAAAGUCGGAAUGGUGGGCGACUCGCAGAUUGGCAAGACGAGCUUGAUGGUCCGCUACGUGGAAGGCAGUUUCAACGAAGAUUACAUUCAGACGUUGGGCGUGAACUUUAUGGAGAAGACGAUCAGCAUACGGAACACAGAAAUCACAUUCAGUAUCUGGGAUCUAGGCGGCCAGCGAGAGUUUGUCAACAUGCUGCCGCUCGUUUGCAAUGAUGCGGUAGCCAUCCUGUUCAUGUUUGACUUGUCGCGCAAAUCCACACUCAACUCCGUCAAAGAGUGGUACAGGCAGGCGAGAGGUUUCAACAAGACGGCCAUACCUUUCUUGGUGGGCACAAAGUACGACGCGUUUGCUGCGUUCCCAAAGGAGGAACAGGAGGAGAUUACUAGGCAGGCUAGGAGAUUUGCGAGGGCUAUGAAAGCACCCCUCAUCUUCUCCUCCACAUCACAUAGCAUCAAUGUCCAAAAGAUCUUCAAGAUCAUCCUCUCCAAGGCCUUCGAUCUGAAAUGUACGAUCCCGGAAAUUAAGGGUGUGGGAGAGCCCCUGCUGAUAUAUGUGAGUACACAUCAGUGCCAGAGCUUGAAUCUCGACAGUUGGUUUGGUAAUACGCCGUCACCAGCCGCCGUCCAUCUUUGCUGAUCUAGCCAAUGCACCGUCCUUCUCUCCUUGCGCAGGUGGAUGUUUAGACCAGCAAUCACGUCCGCAACAGUGGCGCAGGGCUGUACUGU